AGUGCUACGAUAAUGAUACAGUCUAUGCGCUACAUGGAAUUCAGUAAACAAUUCAUUAUUUCAUCGAACUUGCUAUGAGAAAUUAAAAGUGCGGUUAGCUCUGUUCAAAAAUGAUUCUAGAAGCGCUUGUAGUGAUUGCGAUAGUUUGUGUCUGUUAUUGGUACACCAGUUCUCCCAAGUAUAGAAUAGGAAAUUUUCCAAAACCCCCUGGAUAUUUUUUAAUAGGACACGCUCCUUACAUCAACUCUUCUGAAAAAUUACUACCUUAUCUUCAUAAACAACUCGACAAGUUCGAUGGACUUAUGCAGAUUCAUAUUGGAACAGAAGUGAUGCUCACUGCUUCCAACUACAAAUUCGUGCAAUGGCUCAUGACCAGCACAACAAUAAUUACCAAAUCACUUCAAUACUCUUUCUUUAAUGAAUGGCUUGGUCAUGCUCUUCUGAUCACAUCAGGUUCUCGCUGGAAGUCAUACAGGAAAAUUUUGACUCCGGCCUUUCAUUUCAAGAGAAUAGAAAAUCUCAUCAGUGUAUGCCAGAAAGCCAGUGAUGACCUUAUAAAGAAAAUGUCAAAUAAUCUGGACAAAGAUUGUUUCGAUGUCUACCCUAUAAUAUCCAAUUUUUCUUUAGAUGUUUUAUGUGAAAGCUCAAUGGCAACAUCUAUCAAUGCUCAAGAAGAAGAGUCCGAAUACCGUAGCUGCAUCCGAACAUUGUGUCAAAUUAUAUUAGAAAGGGCAAUGGAUCCACUGUACAUGCACGAUUUACUAUUUUACUUUCAUCCACAAUACCAAAAUUUCCAAAAAUCAAUUAAAACCAUCCACGAGUUCGAUCAGACUGUGAUAGAGAAGAGAAGAAAACUUCUUCAGAAUGUUCAUGAGAAAAAUGAUGAUGAUCUUGAGAAUGUUUACGGGAAAAAGAAAACGCCAUUUUUGGACAUACUUCUGAAAGCGAGAGAUGAGGAUGGAAAUCCCUUAUCUAAUAAAGAUAUAAGAGAUCAAGUAGACGGAAUCAUGUUUGCUGGUCACGAUACAACUGCAUCCGCUAUAAGCUUCAUUUUAUAUAAUUUAUCCGUCCAUCCUGAUGUUCAGGAGAAAGUUUUCAACGAACAAAGUGAAAUAUAUUCGAAAAAAACUGAUGCGCAGAUUACAUAUGCCGACUUGGUUGAAAUGAAGUAUUUGGAAAUGGUGAUAAAGGAGUCUCUGAGGAUACACACCCCAAUUCCAUUCUUUGCUAGGAAAUUAGAGGAAGAUACAUAUUAUGAUGGCAAACUGAUUCCGAAGAAUACAACGAUCUUGAUAUUAUUGCAUCAUCUCCAUAGAAAUGCAGAGGUGUUCCCUGAUCCUGAAAAAUUUGACCCAACAAGAUUCGAUGAUAAUUCAAAAAUUCCUAAUUUCGCCUUUUUACCAUUUAGUGCUGGACUGAGGAACUGUAUUGGACAAAGAUUUGCCAUGCUCGAGAUAAAAGUUGCAGUUGCAGAACUAGUGAGGAAUUUUGAGUUUCUACCAGCCCCCAACUAUAAACCCAACGUGAUUUCAGAAAUAUCUCUGAAAUCUUCAAAUGGAAUUUGCAUAAGACUGAAGAAAAGGCAGUAGUGAAUACACCCAUAGUAGGGACAUCCUGGAAAAUAAAGUAAAAACAGGAAAACUAUAUUGUGAACAAUUCUGAAUCAAUAAAGCCGGAUAUAUUAAAUAA